AAUAAUAAAAUACUUUUAAGCUCAGCACAGCCGGCCGCAGUCACCAGUACGUGUUGGAGGCUGCAGAAGACACUCAUGGAGGUUCUGGAGGCUCGGAGGUGGGCGGGGACUGUAUCUGAAGUCUCCCUGUCCGCAGCGACACACCGCGCAUUUUGGACUCGGAAAGCUGCACCGUCCGGGCAAACAUCAUGGCAACGACUACCUGCACACGUUUCACAGAUGAAUAUCAGCUGUACGAGGAGCUUGGCAAGGGGGCAUUUUCUGUGGUGCGCCGCUGUGUCAAACUUUGCACAGGACAAGAAUAUGCUGCAAAAAUUAUCAACACCAAAAAGCUUUCAGCCAGAGACCAUCAGAAGCUGGAGAGAGAGGCAAGAAUCUGCAGAUUACUCAAGCAUCCAAACAUCGUUCGCCUCCAUGACAGUAUCUCAGAGGAGGGUUUCCACUAUCUCCUCUUUGACCUGGUGACAGGAGGAGAGCUGUUCGAAGAUAUUGUUGCUAGAGAGUACUACAGUGAAGCAGAUGCCAGUCAUUGCAUCCAGCAGAUCCUGGAAGCUGUGCUCCACUGCCAUCAGAUGGGUGUUGUACACAGAGAUCUGAAGCCUGAAAACCUCCUCCUGGCGAGCAAGUGUAAGAAUGCUGCAGUGAAACUUGCAGAUUUUGGCCUCGCAAUUGAAGUCCAAGGAGACCAACAGGCAUGGUUUGGUUUUGCAGGGACUCCUGGUUACUUGUCCCCUGAAGUGCUGAGGAAAGAGGCCUAUGGUAAACCCGUAGACAUUUGGGCAUGUGGUGUGAUUCUUUAUAUUCUUUUGGUUGGAUACCCUCCAUUUUGGGAUGAAGAUCAACACAAACUCUACCAGCAAAUCAAAGCAGGAGCCUACGAUUUUCCUUCCCCAGAAUGGGACACAGUGACACCAGAAGCUAAAAAUCUGAUCAACCAGAUGCUGACUAUCAACCCAGCCAAGAGAAUCACUGCGCAGGAGGCCCUAAAGCACCCAUGGGUCUGCCAACGCUCAACAGUGGCCUCUAUGAUGCACAGACAGGAGACAGUCGAGUGUCUCAAAAAGUUUAAUGCCAGAAGGAAACUCAAGGGGGCAAUUUUGACCACUAUGCUAGUCUCCAGAAACUUCUCUGUGGGACGUCAGACUACAGCCCCUGCUGCUGUCAGUGCAGUUGCUGGGACCACUGCUGGCAUUGUUGAACAAGCAGCCAAGAGUCUCCUCAAUAAAAAGGCUGAUGUCAAGCCCCAGACUAACAGCACCAGAAACAGCAUAGUCACCAGUCCCAAAGGCAACGUCCCGUCAGCUGCACUGGAGCCUCAGACUACUGUUAUUCAUAACCCAGUAGAUGGGAUCAAGGAAUCAUCAGACAGCAGUAACACAACCAUAGAGGAUGAGGACGUGAAAGAUGGAACAGUGUCACUGCAUUCUAAUUUUUCUGCAGCUCGCAAACAGGAAAUCAUAAAGAUCACAGAGCAGCUUAUUGAAGCUGUCAACAAUGGAGACUUCGAGGCCUAUGCGAAGAUUUGUGACCCUGGCCUCACCUCAUUUGAGCCUGAGGGUUUGGGCAAUCUUGUGGAAGGAAUGGACUUUCACAGAUUUUAUUUUGACAACCUCCUCUCAAAAAACAACAAGCCCAUUCACACCACCAUCCUCAACCCUCACGUGCACAUCAUCGGUGAUGACGCUGCCUGCAUUGCUUACAUUCGCCUAACACAGUUUGUGGAUGGGCAGGGCCGCCCCCGGUCCAGCCAAUCAGAGGAGACUCGAGUAUGGCACCGCAGGGACAGCCGGUGGCAAAAUGUCCACUUCCACUGUUCAGGGGCUCCUGCUGCCCCAAUGCAGGGGUAAGGAGGAUGAAUUGGUGCUGUGUGGAAACAAAGAAAACCUAUGGAAAGAUAAGCAUGUUAUGACAGAGAGAGGAUCAGCUGGGUGCAGACUGUUCUGUCCUCUGUACACCAGCUCUCUCUUCUCUCUGAGUAACAUCACUGGACUAAAACAAGAAAACAACACUAUCGUCAAACCUCCUGCCAAUGGCUUGUAAACUUGGUGGACUUUUAAAGUAAUCCCACAGUGGCCCAACAUACCUGGGCGUAAACCUCCUUUAUCUUCCACUACAGUCUUGGUUAAACUUCGUACUGGAUUUGGUCUGUUGUUGUACUAUUUCUAUUGUACAGUAUAUUAAUAGUCAUUCUCUUUCAUUUUGCUAUCUUUUUAUAACAAGCAUGAUUCUUCUGUAUGAGCAGUGGCUAUUAUGCACGACUUGCCUGUGGACAAUGAACAUUCGGUACUAAAGUCUCAGAGACCAGUUGGUGUAACGAGUUCUGUUUUUAUGCUUUCCCUUGUGUGUGUUUGACCCAGAACAGAUUUUGUGUAGUGCAGCGUCCCAUGGACUCACAAAUGCAGUGAAAACAUGCAGCAUGCUAAUACACUACAUGAGCUAAUAACAUCCUGAACUUUGCAAGUAAUUACUGAAAUUAAUGUAACUGUAGGUAACAAGUAAUAACACCGUUGUGUAAAUUUACAGUUUUAUUGUGGUGAUCUCUCUCCAAUAUGCUGAAUUUAAUCGCAUGACAUUUCAUGUUGAUACACUGACCAUUUGGAUGUUUCUCUGUGUUUUGUUUUUCUAUUUUUGUUAACUUAACUGCUGAAGUGUAAAGGAAUACUUUGGUGCACUGGGCUCUGUAAUUGCAUAAAAUGAAGUGGUUUAUAACAGGAUAUUAUCAUAAAUUAUAUUUGAUUUGUUUACUCAAUCAAUUGAAUGUUAUAAAAAUGUAGAGAGUAAAGAGAAUACAAAAUAUUUACCUUUCUGACUAAUAUUUAGGACAAAAUGUGAAACUUUACUAAAUACAAAUUUUUCAUUGUAUUUUUAUCGCUUUCAUAUGCACAAUUACGUGUUGAUAAAUACUAGUAUAUAAGAACAACGUACAUUUUAAUCAAAAUGCAUUACACUGGUGGUGCGCACUAAUACCAGACUGUAUAGGCAAUAAAUAAGUCAAAACGUCAGUAACGUGAGAAAUAUAAUGUUAGAGCUGUGAAGCUUCUGAAACGCUGACUCGGAUUGUUUAUUAGCUUUCCCCAAAAUUGCAUUGGACACAAGUGUACAAUGCUAACCACUGUUCUUCCUGUCCACAUUUACCACUCACCACUGGUCAGCUUCAUUAUUCUUAACCAAAGCCACCACAAUGGGGUUUGCAAACAAGCCAAAUGCCUAAGACCCCAGCUAAAGAUGGCCUUAAUGGACGUGACUGUAUUCACCAGCACUCUCAGAAAAUGUUCAGUUGUUAUAAUAAGCAAAGUUUCCUCUAAAGUAUAUAUGCACAGUAAACAUUUUAAACUGGUCAAAUCUUCCUGGCACAGGACUCUGAAGCCUCCUCUUGCCAAGGGCGCCAGUAGUGUUGAUAGUGGCUGUUCUUGAAGUAUUAACUUAAAGGUCCUGCAAAACGAGCACUUAUGCAGUUAUUGAGCCAAGAGCAUAGAAAAUCGUUUUCAAUGGACACUUGGGAUUAAAAUGUAAUAAAGCGUUUUUUGUUUUGUUUUUUUGAACAAUUAAGGUGUGUGCCACAUUAGUGUAAUAUUAUCAGACAGAUUGUAGCCUACUUUCAUUUUUAGCUAUACAACCUAUACAUCUGAACACAACAGGGAUCCAAUAAGAUCCGAAGAUGUCCUCUU